CUUAGGAAAUUGCUCAGGAUAUUUGGCUUAGGAAAUUGUCUCAGGAUAUUUGGCUUAGGAAAUUGUCUCAGGAUAUUUGGCUUAGGAUAUGGUCUCAGGAUAUUUGGCUCAGGAAAUUGUCUCAGGAUAUUUGUCUUAGGAAAUUGUCUCAGGAUAUUUGGCUUAGGAAAUUGUCUCAGGAUAUUUGGCUUAGGAAAUUGUCUCAGGAUAUUUGGCUUAGGA